ACUACACAGAGAAUGUCCUGACAAAUGUGCAGGCUUCUCCUGAAAUGAGGAACGUUUGCAAGACUCCAUGAACUCUUAAUUCCAGUGACACAUCUAGAGUUUGAUAGAAAUGGCCCGGGAUGCCAGAUCUUCACGAUUAAUUAAAAAAGAGGAGAUAAGCAAAAAGAAACCGAGUCCUGUUAAAAAGAAAUCUUGUCAAGGAAUAAAAGAUGCCAAGAAAGAGUCCUCAAAGAAAGAGUGUCCUACAGGCUGUAGAAAAUUAAUAGAAGACCAGAACGAUGGCAAGAAAAAAUCCCAAAGACGUAAACCUCCAUUAAGUUCGCCAUGCCGAUUUCUCCGGAGCAGUGUAACCAAAGCCUUUUCUGGAACUUCUUGGAUGAACCUGGAAUUAACGGAUAAUGUUAUCUUCCACAACCAGCCUCCUUUGAGCUGCGGUGGAUUUUCCAUGACUCUUCGCAGGAAACCGUUUUCCCAUAGGCUGUUUCAAGCAUCGACAAUCUCAAAAGCCAAAAAGAGUGGCCCAAGAAAAAAACAGAAAGCCAGAUCAGGAAUUUCCUCUGCACUAGAAAGGAAAGACGUUGAACAGACUACAAGAGCUUUUGCACGAGAUUUAAACUUGAAUAGUGAAUUACCUUCUCCCAAAGGAGACAAGGCCCCAUGUUCUCAGGAAGCAGGCUGGUCCUCUGUAGAUGAUAAUCAAGCCAAAAAAAGAGGGAUAAUGCACCCCUCAAAAAUUUCUUUUUCUAAUAAUGGUGUGACCGAUACUUGUAAUUCAGGAAUACUUGAAGAAGAACACAGAUGUGAAGAAUUUGUUUCCCGUGAGCAGGCCCUAGAAGAUUUGUUUACUAAUACCUCAAAUGAAAUUUUGUCUGAGCCUCUAAUCCACCAAUUACACCUUGACUUUGACACUACUUUAAGGGUACAGGAAGAUGAAUUGGGGACGUCCGUAGAACCAUAUGUGACGAGUAACCUGAAUUUACCUCCUGUCCCCCCAGAACAUUUCUGUUCACAUUCCUUUUCCAUGUUGAGCCUUUCCUCAGAUCAAGACCUGACAUUGCAGAAUAAAAGUCCAGAGACUUCUCUGGAAUCUCAUUCCAAAACUGGACACGAUAUGGUGCUACAUCCCUAUGACUCCGAUGCUGCCGUUUUGAUUACCUCUGAACUGAUCUCAAAAUUGCAUCUGGAUGACCCGUGUGCUCUGCCGGAACCCCUGAACAAACCAGAUGCUGAGCCUCCUUUUGCAGAAGAGAAGUAUUUGCAGUGUGCCUGUGGAUCAGAAGGAUGCUUAAAAGAACCAGACCUUGCAGGAGACGCCGCUAUACCAGUGGAUCUGACGCUGGUGCCAAGCAACCAAACACUUGAUUCUUCUCCCUGCUAUAGCUACCAGCAACCAAACGAACAGUCCGUCUGUGAACAGAUUUCUAGCAUUUCUUUGAGUAAUUUCACCUUGGAUGACCUGGAACGGACUCUGGAACGGAUUGCUGCAGAAACAUUCAGUUCAGAUCCAGCCUCUGCACCCUUUAAUCCAGAUAGAAACACCACUAGCCCAGUCAGCAGGGAAGCGUCUAAUGAAGUUUUUUCACAGUCCCCUAAUGCAAGGCUGCCCUUGGGUGCAGGAGAGGGGAAAGAGCCAAGGACGGUGCCGUCUGACAAGUCUAUUUCAAGGCAAUCCGAUCCCUUGUUACAGCUGGGAAGAGAUGGAAAAAUCACACUCUGUCCCCAGGACCCCAGGAAAUGUGACCCCAACACAGUGGGGGCAUCCGAGCCCCCAUCUUUUGAAUCUCCAACUGGUGGGUGCCUUGCGUCUUUGCAACCUGUGGUGGAAAAGAAAAAAAGAAGGCGCUGUGGAGUUUGUGAGCCUUGUCUGCGGAAAACUAACUGUGAAGAGUGUAGCUGCUGUAGGAAACGCAAAACUAGCCACCGGAUAUGUAAAAAGAGAAAAUGUGAAGAACUGAAGAAGCCCUUGCCAUCCAUUCCACCCUCAAAGCAGCCUGCAGAGGUGCUAACUGAAAACAAAAGGCCUCAGAGAAGGAAGCGAAGAGUUCCAAAGGGAGAUCUAAAAAGCAAACUAGUAAAUGGCUGCAGAGCAGAGCUUGUGGAAUAUGUUGCAUAUGGCCAUGGUGAAAAAUACAAGUUGAAAACAAACUACUCACUGCCCUGGGAAGAUGUGCAGACAAAUGAAAAAGGAAGUAUGGCCGGCUUAGAAACAGAGAAGUGGGUGCCGAAUGAAAAUCCAUCACUUAAUAUCCAUGUGAAUGGAGAUCUCUGUAACGCUGAAACCAGGAAUGAGAACUUAACACAUUUUGAAAAGGAUGCAAAACUCGUUUAUUCUUCCAGCAUAAUAGAUGAGGCCCCCAAGUUAUUUGCACAUACAGCUAGAAAUGGCAUUAAAAUCUUACCGCAUUCACCAGCAGAAUGUGACACAUCAUUGAAAUCAGAUGUGAGCACACUGAAAAAAGCAGAUGUGAACACUACUGCAAAGCUGGCCAACAGCUGCAAUCACAGUAACUCCAGUGCCUCCUGGGGUGAAGCGGCUCAGCUGAACAGCAUCUACCCUUUGGCAACUGGAACAUAUGGUGCUAUUCCAGAAGAGAAGGACUAUGUUGUAGGCCACCAGACAGAAAACCCAAACGCAAAUCAGGAAGCCGAAAAUUCACUAUUGCAAACCAUUUCACUUUUACAUUUGCAGGACAAGCCACCCUGUACUCCUGUGCUUGAAAGGGGUGCUUGUCUUGAUGAUGGUGCUUCAGAUAUUCCUAGUAAGGAUUCCCAACCUGAAGAUUUGCAACUUCAGUCAACUUUUUUAUCUCUGAUUAAAAACAGAAAUUUAACUGUGGAACAGGUGGUAGCUAUUGAGGCAUUAACACGUUUGUCCGAGGUCCCUUUAGGCCAUUCUUCACCAGCUAAACCAGAAGGUUUAGAGCAGCAAGCGUCGCAUUUGCUGAACAGUUACAAAAAGGAUAACCCGUGUCCCUUAAAAUCAUCUGCACUGAAAGUAAUAAAAGGGACUUGCCCACAAAAAGACCCACAGCUUCUUUCUCAUCCUUCCUCCCAGAGGAGAAUCAACCAUAAGAGUCUGUUCUACAAGGCUCAAGGUGCUAUUUCUGAGUUCCCCAGUAAAUGUCCAUCUAACUUACUGCGUAGGUUGCAUUGCACCUCAAAAGACACCAGACCUUUCUCUGCUUUAGCGUCUGGUGGAAAUUCAGGUAUUGCUACCAAGAAAUGUCCUCUUCAUCAUAAAACUGCUCUUGGGCCAUGUUCCAAAACCUCAAGUACCGCCAGACAGUGGUGGAACAAAGGAGAGAUGCUUGGCAAAUGGGAGGGAAAGGCUGUUCACAACCUGAAUUUAAAAAGCGGUUCUGUAUUUAAGGGUGGUAUUCACAGCCAAGAUGAAGAAGAGGUAGCCACCCAGUUAACUCAACUCGCAGCAAUAAUUGAAUCGAGCAGAACAAGCCCCAAUCCGAAGAUGACGACAACCCUUCUUGGUCGAUUACCACCUGAUAUGCAAUCAAAAAAUAAGCAGGAUCAGUGCCUAUUGCAGAAGAAACAAUCGGUAUUUGGGAGGAACAAUUACACCUCCUCGUUAGUCAAGCAAAGGCAGCCACCUCGGAAGAAUGAGAAAUCAGUACCGAGGGCCAAAAGAUUGAAGAAGAAACCUCAAGUAGUACCAGACCAACCAAGUCAGCUACAGCAAGAAUGCCAGUAUAGUGAAUUGCAGGACAUACAGAAAAAACCUAAACUGCGCAGACUUGGGCGCAUUGCAUCACAAGAUGCCAAGCUGUCAGCCUUGGGGAAAAAAUCUUCCAAAACCAAAGGACCGAAGGCGCGGAAUCGGAGUGCUUUGUCAUCCCAGCAAAAACCAGCUGUAUUAUUUCUUCCGAAAACUCAGAUAAUAUUCCAUCGGCCUUUACCGGCUUCAAUACAAGGCAAAAUAAGAAAUAAGCCAUUAGGCUGUGAAAUGGUGCCAGAGCCCCUCAAGACAAUAGGCUUUAGCGAUGCACAAGGUGCCAGCAGCCUGAGUGGGGUCACGGGGGCUCUUCAACGUGGAGCCCCGCUUUCUAGUAAUCUGCUGACUGUUCCUCAGUUAAAAACAGACUUUUGCAUAAAACAAGGAAGUGAAAACGGGCAGAUGUUUACAGAAAAAGACAAGAAUUCUCAGGUACAACAAACCAUGAAUAUCCCUCAGCUGAAUCCUUUUCCUCAGAUCUUCAGUCAAAGAGCUGAUGGUGACAUCUGCGAGGAAAGCCAAGCUAAAUCACAAGGUGCUGUGGAACAAAAGGAUCAAAAUCUGCAACUGAUCCUCCGUAACGGUGAUGAUGGCUUGCCAGGGGAUACCAUGCACACUCUUAGAAAUGUGGAGCAUGUAAGUGAAGCUACAUUUCCAACAUUAAGAACUUUAGAGACUGAAAAGCAACAGGGUACUGGGAACUUAAGAUGUUCUCCAACAAAGAAUACACUCAGUAGUUUUCUUGAAUCUCCCUUGACAUUCUUAGAUACCCCUACAAAGAAUUUAAUUGAUACACCUUCAAAGAAAGGACAGAGUAAUUUUCCAACCUGUGACUGUGUGGAACAAAUUAUAGAGAAGGAUGAGGGUCCAUAUUAUACACACCUUGGAACGGGCCCAAAUAUUGCUGCAGUCAGAGAAAUAAUGGAGGACAGGUAUGGAGCAAAAGGAAGUGCUGUAAGAAUAGAGGUAGUGGUGUAUACAGGCAGAGAAGGAAAAAGUUCCCAGGGGUGUCCAAUUGCCAAGUGGGUGAUACGGAGAAGUGGUGAUGAAGAAAAAUUGCUGUGCUUAGUUCGUCAGCGUGCAGGACAUCACUGCCAAACGGCUGUGAUUGUGAUACUUAUUUUGGCUUGGGAAGGAAUUCCUCACCUUCUUGCUGACACAUUGUAUAAGGAACUGACCCAGAGUCUCAGAAAAUAUGGCUGUCCAACUAGCCGCAGAUGUGCAUUAAAUGAAGAUCGUACUUGUGCCUGUCAAGGUCUCGACCCAGAGACAUGUGGGGCAUCCUUUUCAUUUGGCUGUUCUUGGAGCAUGUAUUACAAUGGCUGUAAGUUUGCCAGAAGCAAAAUCCCCAGAAAAUUUAGACUUCUCACAGAUGAUCACUCCCAAGAAGAAAAUCUGGAAAACAAUUUACAGACUUUAGCUACUGAUGUGGCUCCAUUAUAUCAAAAACUUGCCCCUGAUGCUUUCCACAACCAAGUUUGUACUUUAACAAAAGAAGACAACCGUAUAGUAGGUGUGAUACCAAAUGAUGAGCAACUUCAUGUAUUGCCUCUUUACAAAAUAUCACAAACAGAUGAAUUUGGCACAGAAGAAGGGCUGGAAGCCAAGAUUAAAACUGGGGCAAUCCAGGUGCUAACUGCUUUCCCCCGUGAAGUGAGGAUGUUAGCUGAGCCACGUAGGGCAACCAAGAAAAAACCAGAUGCAAAAAAGCAAAGUUUAGCUGAAAAAAAGCAUUCUGCUGCUGUAAGGGGAAAAAAUGGAUUGCCAGAAAAUACUAAGAGAGCAUCACAAAGUUCAGGGACCAAAAUAAAUAUAGUGCAACCUGAGACAAAAAUGGAGACAGCUGAAUACUUUCCAAGCAUAAAACCUAAUUUAGGGAUUGCUACCGAUUGCUCCCCAUUGAAGCAACGUUCUCCAUCUUCUCCUUUAAAACUGGAUAGUUUAUCCUCUUGCUCUCCAUUAAGUGGUAGUCUAAUGCCAGUAACUAAUAGCCAAGAAGAUGUUUCUACUCCCUACGGGUAUUUACAAUGCAGUAGUAAUAAACCUCACGUGACAUCCAAAGGUAAUAAUAACUUUGACAUGUCCACUCGUGAUUAUACUGGAAUUGUGAUGGAUGAGAAGAGAAAUGGUGUGCCUCUGCUUCUUCAAGACCUGACUAUGUCCAGGUCACCAGACAACAGAGAGAAUCUGCCCCUGACUGCUGAACACAAACUAGUUAACAAGCAAAAUUGUGAAGUUAACUUAAAGUCCUCUUCUGUGUCCCAGGUAGCUAGCUCUUGUGAGUCAAUGUUGCAACUGGGCACCCCAGAAGAUGUCUCUAGCAAUGGUUCUUCCCAAGAGCACCCCAUGCAAAAGAGUGGAUUACGGCAAAGCCCAAGUUGUGUAGAAAACGGAUCCAGCGGCCAGCUCUUAAAGCACACAGAUUCUGAAGAAAAAGCAGAAGAAAUGUGGUCUGACAGCGAGCAUAACUUUUUGGACAAUGACAUUGGUGGGGUAGCUGUAGCACCAUCCCAUGGUUCUAUCUUAAUUGAAUGUGCACGGCGCGAACUUCAUGCCACCACGCCUCUUAAAAAGCCCAACAGGAACCAUCCCACACGGAUCUCUCUAGUCUUUUACCAACACAAAAACUUAAAUGAGCCAAAACAUGGGAUAGCCCUGUGGGAGGCCAAAAUGGCAGAGAGAGCAAAAGAGAAGGAAGCUAGAAAAUCAGGAACUGAAGCCACCGGUCUGCCAGCCACUGACAAGAAUGCAAAUCAGACCAAUGCAACCCAAGAGAUUUUCUACAAAGAAAAUGAAUUCAACCAAAUUCCAUCUCGCAGAGCAUUAACAGUAACUCAUGAUAAUAUUCUAACGGUGUCUACUUAUGCCCUCACACAAGUUGCAGGGCCCUACAACCAUUGGGCAUAAGCUCUUAUAGCAACAACACAACUUUUGCCUUGGAGCAGUGUUACACAAUCCUAAAGGUGCUGUUAAAGAACAAAGUCUCAUAUGGUUUACUCUUUGUUCAUCUCAACCAUUUUGAAGGCUGAGGUAAAAAUUAUUUUGUUUUUAAACUGUGACUUUAUAUAUUUUAACAUCUGGUGAUUCUCAAGUGUGUGUGUAUA